AUGCCUCCCGCGCAAACUCCCCACCGGACGCCCUUAAGACGCGUCUCGCAGGGUUCCCUCUUCCGCCUUUCGCGUUCCGGCGCGUACCCAGACGCCCCGCAUGGCCUGGGCUUUCUUGAACCAGCAAUGGCGGAGCUCCUCGACGAAACCGACGCCCUACAAACCAACAUUGCUGGCAUGAAGAACCUCAGCGAUUCUCUCGCCACAUUCAACGAGUCCUUCGCCAGUUGGCUGUAUAUCAUGAACAUGAACGCGUUGACGACGGAUUGGCCCCAGGCUCCUACCCCACUUUCAUUCCAGAGAGCGAAGCAACGUGCAGAGGAAGACGCACAAACGGCUCUAGAAGCUCUGCAGACAAAGAACGAUGCCAAAGCCCGCGAAAUAGAGAUCGCUGCUGCAGUCGGCGCUGCAGACAAGACGACAGCGACAGACGCAGAUACGACAUAUGCGGCAAACGUCACCACCGCCACGGGUGUUUCUUCGAAUAAGUCGACAGGAUUACCGAAGAAGAAGGUUGCUAAAGCGAAGUUGACGGCGAAGGAGAAGAAGGAACGAAGCAUUGAGAAGAUCGUUACAUGUCUUCCUCUCGAAUUUCGAGGCAGUGAUCCAGGUCUUCGCAGAAAUAUGGAGAUGGUCAUCGAAGGGCUCAUGUACUCCACCGUGCCAGGUCUCAAACUGACCGACCUCAUCACCCCGCCUGAUUUGAAUCAAGCACGGGUGAAUAAAUGCCUCAUUGCCCUUGUCAACCGGAAAGUCGUGCAGAAGGACAACAGCACCGGCACCGUCCUAUAUAGAUGGAAAGGAAUUCCAUGA